UGCCAUUAAUUACAAAAUUAGUAUAUACAUAAUUAAAUUAAAUUUAUAUAAAUGAGCAAGUAGUCGCAGACAGCACGAGCACAGAGAGCACAUGUCGCACCACCAGUCCCCGGGUCACCACAACAACCACGCGGUGGGCCGACCGAAGGACUACGUGAAGCACCAGAACAGCGGGUCGGACAGCGACGAUAUGCAAGAGAUGUCGGGUUUCGCGCGAUUCUGUUUCGGACUCCUCUGGUGUUUUGCACAGAUAGGCCUCUGGGGGUCAGUCCUACUGUUCCUGUAUUGGGUGCUCAAGUUUGACAAGGGGUUCGCCUGGCAACACGACAAACGCAAAAUGUUCAACCUACAUGCUUUCCUCAUGCUCACCGGGUUCAUUUUUAUGAAUGGCCAGGCGAUGUUAAUCUACAAGACAUUCUUGUGCUGCAAAAAGAUCUACAAUAAGAUAACGCACACCAUAUUCUUCCUGUUGUCCACAUCCCUGAUCACAUUUGGCAUGAUUGUGGGCAUUCAGGGCCAACACCUGUCCCCUCUGGACCUGCCGUCCGCCCACUUCUACUCGAUUCACUCGUGGAUAGGACUCGUCACCGCCGGACUCUUCGCCCUCCAGUUUCUCUUCGGAUUCAUCACAUUUCUGUUGCUAUUAUGCUGUGAGAAGGCAACGGCCGGUUUCCGGGCCCGAGUGCUACCCACCCACCAGACUAUGGGUAUUAUCAUCUAUACUCUGGCCAUCGCUGGCUGCCUGACCGGCCUCUUGCAAACCGCCCGAUCCAGACUUAGUGGUCCGUCACCCCUGGAGCCGGAAAAGCCUGACUAUAAGAAUAUCGGAAGCCCUUUGAACCCGUUCCUGAACCCCGGGAUGGUUAUCAAUCUGGUGGGCGUGUGCCUCAUAGCCCUGGCCAUUAUUAUGCCGUACAUUAUACGCAAUUUCACGCAACGUAGAAAUAUGGCCUCGUUUAGUGUCAACUAAUUUUAUAUUAAAACACAUUUUCAAACACAAUGACUAUUGAAUUAAAUAAUAUUUAAAUUGAAUUUUACAGUUUUUACUAAUUUAAGUGUCGAUUACAAAUAAAAACCCGGUUUAUAAAUAUACACACAAUAAUUAAAUGUACUGUACACUUUUUAUAAUAUUAUAUAAGGG